UAGUUGGGGGCGGCGGCGAAGUCGGUGCCUGGUGUGCUGGUAAGUCCAGCCGCCUCCCAGAGGAGCAGCCAGGCCACCGCCCGGACGCCCACGGCCCUGGCAGCCAGGACGCUGGAGAACGCGCCCUACAGAGGAGCGCGCUGGGACGAAAUGCGAACUGAGGAGACUGCGCACGCCUAUGCCGCUCGUAGAGCGUGCUGCCACGGAGUUAGUGACCUUGACGGAAGACAGUACGUGGGCCUGCAGUCCGGCCGUUCCCCGGCUCCCCGCAGCUCUAGUAACCCCGAAGCUUCCGGCGUUGCGGGAGGCGUCAACCCUAGCCGCCUCAUUGGCUCCCUCGCCGCCCCGCCCCUCGCCGUCGGUCAGGGGCGGGGCGAGGAGCGGCGCACGCGCCGUGACGUACGCCAGGGCUGUUGCUGUGGGAACGACUCCGUGGGCUCCGGUCCGGACCUGGAUCACCCGCGCAGUCUUGCGAGCUGUAUUGGGGAGCUCCGUCUCCACCUCCACUUCAGUGUAUGUAAGAAUGAUGUGCACUGCCAAGAAAUGUGGAAUUAGGUUCCAGCCUCCAGCUAUUAUCUUAAUCUAUGAGAAUGAAAUGAAGGGGAAAAGUCGCCAACGCAUCAUGCCAGUCCGAAACUUUUCGAAGUUUUCAGAUUGCAACAGAGCUGCUGAACAAUUAAAGAAUAAUCCACGACACAAGAAUUACCUGGAACAAGUGUCCCUGAGGCAGCUAGAGAAGUUAUUCAGUUUUUUACGAGGUUACUUGUGGGGGCAGAGUUUGGCAGAAACAAUGGAACAAAUUCAACGGGAAACAACAAUUGAUCCUGAGGAAGACCUGAACAAACUAGAUGAUAAGGAACUUGCUAAGAGAAAGAGCAUCAUGGAUGAACUUUUUGAGAAAAAUCAAAAGAAGAAGGAUGAUCCAAAUUUCAUUUAUGACAUCGAAGUUGAGUUCCCACAGGAUGAACAACUGCAGUCUUGUGGCUGGGACACAGAGUCAGCUGACGAGUUCUGAUAUCAAAAACUCAAAGAAUUGAUUGGGCUAGCAGAAAAUCCAUGUCUAUACAAAGGAUGUAUGAACAUGGUUCUAGAAAAAUCUGUAAAGAACACUAAAUGUACAUGUUGGGUCAAGUUUGGAUUGACCAGGUUACUUUUCAAAACCAGGACAUGUAGAGUAUCUACUAUGUAGAUGCAUGAGGAAGAUACGAAAACCAGAAUAUAGGAGUCUGCCUUUAAGGAGCUUACAAUCUAAUUGGAAGAUAAUUCAAAAGCUUGUGAAAAGCUAAUUAACAGAAUUAGGCAGCAAAAAGAUUAGAGCCAGAUGCUUGAUAAAAGUUAAAGAGGGUCAGAGCCUAGAUGACCAUAGGGUUAGAAUAGUCAGGGAAGACUUUGUCCUUUAGUAGAGAGAUGGGACUUUGCCUGACCCUCAAAAUGGUAGUGUUUGGAAAGAAGUUUAUAUAGAAUUCCAGAUGAGAGAAGCUGGGAGAAGAAAGGGGUGGGGGAAUGGGUAGUGGUAUAGAGAUAGGGAUUAGAACAUUUUAUUUGAGGGACAGUAAGCAUAUUAUAGUUUGGUAAGAUUGGAAGGCGUGUAUGGUUACCAGGGGAUUAUCGUGUGUGCAUUUUGUCUUUAACUCUGGAGUAUAUGUAUAUAUAUGUAUUUUAACUCCGGAGUAGGAGAGUAGCCCUGCAGAAUGCCCUGCAGCUGCAAGUGGAUGUCAUUUGAUGGACAGCAGGGGAAUUCUGCAGCUCCAGGAAUCAGGAAACCUGUACUAAAGAUAUUCUGAAACUCUGAAGCUCUUCCCAUAAAUAAGGAGGUUUGUUUGUAAAAUGGGAAAUCUAGCCAUAAUGAAUGAAUAAUAGGCAUCGCCAGUUUAGGCCUAUUCAUGAGUUUGGAUCUACAAAGAGAAGAUCUUUGUUGAGCCAGGUUAUAUGUGUACAGAUACAUCUUCUUAUUAGAAUAUUAAUUGGCAGAUAUUCUGUGUUUUCUGUAAGGAAAUUAAUACUAAAUAAAACUGUAAAAAUUA